AUGGCCACCCGCAAAUAUAGAGUAUCUGAUGAAAAGAAGAUAUACCUAGCUUCAAAAUUCAUCAACCAAACACCUCCAGGAGAGUUUAAGGAAGUAUUCCAUGAUAUUCGGCUGCUGGUUAAUAAUGACAAUCUCCUCAAGGAAAGGAUAGGACGGGCAAUUGCUCAAUAUAACAUGAAUCAGUUCACACCCGUGAAGAUGCAAGGUUAUGAAGAUCAUGUUUUAGUUACAGAGCAUGGUUAUGUAGGUAACAACAGAUUUUUCGAUCCAAGAAACAGAAUUUCUUUUAAGUUUGAUCACUUACGAAAAAUAGCCAGUGACCCUCAGCUAAGGCUUACAGAUGGAAAUUUAACAUAUUUGCGAGAGUCCUGUGAUAAUGCAUUAAGAGCCUAUAUCAAACAGAAUUAUUCUACUGGCUUUAGUACUGUUUAUGGUAAAACUAUACAUGGGAAAAAGACCAUUAUUGCUUGCAUUGAAAGCCACCAGUUUCAGCCCAAAAAAUUCUGGAAUGGAUGCUGGAGAUCACAAUGGAAGUUAACCAUCACACCACCCACAGCACAGGUAAUUGGAAUGCUCAAGUCUCACGUUCAUUAUUAUGAAAAUGGAAAUAUCCAACUAGUUGUCCAUAAAAGUAUACAAGAAUCAUUAACUGUUCUCAAUGAAGAUCAAACUGUGAAGAUGUUUAUUAAGAUCAUAGAGAAGGUAGAAAAUGGGUAUCAGGCAGCAGUUAAUGAAAACUACCACACAAUGUCAUGUACAACAUUCAAAGCCCUGCGUAGACAACUUCCAAUUACCUGUCACAAAAUCGACUGGAACAAGAUACUUACCUACAAGUUCUGCAAAGAACUCAAGUUUAAAUAUGCUUAG